AUGGCGUUCCACGAAUCGCGAGUGGUCCUCAUAGAGACCGGCCGACGCGUCGUUCGCGCUGGACUAGGUCUGGGUGAGCUCCUUCAUGUUCCCUCUGUCGCAUAUCCCCAGGAAAUAUUAGCCAGAGUUGGACUGAGAAGAAGCAACAUACUUGGUGCUUCUACCUCCGAUGGAAUUAACAGCAAAUCUCUCAGUGCAAGGGUAUCCGACUAUCUUGUUGGCUCAAAUCUAGACGACGCCCUGGAAAAUGGCGACUCCGUCGAGAUUUACUGGCCAUUUUCUGACGGGAAAAUAGUAAACUGGCCUCAAGCAGAGGCUAUAUGGAUGUUCUUUGAAAGGUUCAACGUCGCAGGCUUCACAUAUAUCGAACGACCUCUGGCAAGCCUUUAUGCAGCGAAUCUCAUCUCCGGAGUCAUCAUUGAAAUCAAUCAAGAUGAAACCGACUAUAUCACAUGCUUUGAGUCGCAAUUACAUCACGGUUCUAGCUUAGUCGUCCCCAUUGGCAUCCGAGAUUGCGAAAGAUACUUAGGGCAUAUCUUGCGUUCCAACGUCUCCGUGACUUCGGCCUUUUCAUCUGCAGAUGAGCCUAUGGACCCUCAGCGCCUAGAUGAGCUUCUUGUCGAGCUUGCUCGGUUCCUCUGGCAGUCCGGGCACAUCAAGAUACCAAUGGAGGGGGAAAGAGAGAAAGAGGAGGAGGGGAAUAUCGAUAUAGCAGCCAUUCUGGUAUCUGGCAAGGAACGUACCCUCAUCGACGCCGCGAGCACAAAGAAGAAAGGUCAGCAGGCCAAAGCAGACAAGGAAAGGGAGAUGGCAGCACUGGAUAUCAUUACGGUACAAUUUCGCUCUUUCCCGCCCAUAGUAGUGGGUAAAGAGCGUCAUCGAUUUUGCGAACCACUGUUCGAUCCACAGGUGCUGGCUAAUGUCAGUAUACCACCAGAAACCGCCAUUCGAGUGGAUGGUCUCUCACAACCACUCCCUCCUGUAAGAAAGGACCCGGACUUCAUGGUUUCAAUGCAGACCGCCGUCCACACUGUCGUCAAGGCCAUCCCCUUUGCCCAACGACCCCAUGUUUACUUUGGUCUUCUGAUAACUGGUCCUAUAGCUAAUAUUCAAG